CAAGAGAGCUCAUCUCUAAGCAAGCUUCAACUUUUAUAUUUCUUUCCUUCUCAAUUUCACAUUUCCCUCCAAUAUACAACCAAAAAAUCGGAUCAUAUAUAAAACAACUCGGAAUUGUAUGAUCUGAUAAAUAGGUUGAGAUAACUCAUUUCCAGUUCUUGAAAAUCCCAAAAAAAACUUGUUCUAGUCGAUUUUAUAGAUAUCUAGCACACUGGUCGAGUCAUCCCAUUCCCACCCACAUGGACAGAGUAAGAAAAUUGGCAUCAGAAAAGGGAGUAUUGAUCUUCAGCAAAAGCACAUGCUGCUUAUGCUAUGCUGUACACAUGUUAUUUAAAGAAAUUGGAAUAAAACCUUAUGUUCAUGAAAUUGAUCAUGAUCCAGAGGGAAAGGAAAUUGAGAAGGCACUACUAAGGAUGGGUUGCAAUGGCCCCGUCCCGGCGGUGUUUAUCGGAGGAGAACUGGUGGGAUCCACCAAUGAAGUCAUGUCCCUCCACCUAAGUGGCUCACUUGUUCAACUGCUGAAACCCUACCAGAAUUUGUCUUAAAUCUUUACACGUGUACGCACCAAGUUUAUAAAUAAUUAGACGAAUAAACUUAGCUCCGGCAUAGGAGCUUUGUGACUUCAGGCAGAUCGGUCCGCGAUGCAACCCGACCGGUCCCAUCCCGAGUUUAUUUAUGUAGAUCUAGCUAUCUGUGUAUGGGGUAGUCGAUUGGUAGCCUCAAUUAGUAUUAAGCAUGUAGCUUUAGCUUCCCAUCCCGAGUUUAUUUAUGUAGAUCUAGCUAUCUGUGUAUGGGGUAGUUGAUUGGUAGCUUCAAUUAGUAUUAAGCAUGUAGCUUUAGCUUUCAGUCAAAUGCAACUAUUUACAUGUAGUGAAAAGAAUGUAUUGUA